UAAUUUCACAAUACCAUUUAUACACACUCUCUUCUCUACCUCUCAUCUGCAAUGGCUUCCCCUGCCAUGAAGCUCUCCAUCUUCCUCCUCCUCGCCCUCUUCUCCUCUCUCCCCACUCAUGCAAGAGACAGCCAGUUGUUCAACAAAAUCCCUAGCACCACCACCACCACCACCACCAACACCAACAACGACAAUGUUGUUGUCCCAACCAAUCAACAAGACCCCAAUUUCCUCCCCGAAAACGAGAACAGCUACGGCCUCUACAGCCAGGAGACCGGCCAAAACCCCCCUUCCACCGCAGCCGAAUACAAACAACCCCUCAACAAAUACCUCCCCAAGAACUACAACCCUGUCGCCUACGUCACCCAGCCCGAAUCCGAAGAGGAGAGAACCUUCACCACCAACCCCAACAACAACAACAACAAUGACAAUGAGGAGGAGAACAGGAACAGUUACUACAGUGGGGAGGAGAAUUACUACAACAACCAGCAGCAGCUAGACGAAGCCGAGUUCAGAAGCUACCCCACCACCACCACCACCACCAACAGAGACAACGGCGUUGCCAACUACUAUUUAGGCAGUAGCUUCAACAGCGGCCCAGCCUUCCGCAACACGUUCCAGCCGCAGGGAAUGAGCGACACGCGCCACUUGGAAGGAGGGAAAUAUUUCUACGAUGUUAACUCGGAGAAGUACAGCAGCAAUCACCCUUAUGAAACCUUGAAGGCCGCUCGCCCGCAGAAUGAUUUCACCAACACAAACUUCUAUGGAAACAAUGCCUAUGAAGAACACUUCCAGGAUGAGGAAAACAUGCCUUGAAAAUUAACCACCACCACAACAACAAGGAGAUAUUUACUUUAAUUUACAGUGAUGGGUGUUUUUUAAGUUAUGGUUUUUACUCAAAACCAAACCACACAUUUUAUUUUAUUUUAUCUUAUUUUCAUGUGCUGCUAUUUUUACGGUUUUCAACUAUAAAGUAUUAUAAUAAUUUGUAUAUUAAAUGCUAUAUUUUGGAAUUGAAGUUUGUACGUGUUGGUUUUAUUUAAUAUAAUUACAUGGGCUAUUUUUUAA